UAAGUGUGGGACCGUGCAGGCGGAUGUUUUGUGUGUGUUGCAGGCAGCGCUUAGUUUGCUGCGGUGUACCUGCUGUUUGAGUGUGUGUGUGUGUUUAUGUGUGAGUGUGUGUGUUCCGACUGCAGCCUGUGUGUGAAGGUGUGUGUUCAGUGCUGAGAUGUCUAAAGUGUGCGUGGACAAGCUGCGUGGCCUGUUCGAGCGCUACAGCGAGUAUGUGCGGCGGAACCCCGCAGCCACGGCGCAGCUGGAGAGCACGGUGCGCACCCUGUCCUACCUGAUCGCAGGGCGGUUUGCAGACUCCCAUGAAAUAUCUGAAUUAGUGUACUCGGCCUCCAACCUGCUGGUUUUGUUAAACGACAGCAUUCUGCGCAGAGGCUUACGAUGCAGCCUGCCCACGUCUCUCUCCCAGCAGAGGCUCCUCACCUGGCUGUCGGUGCUGGAGUACGUGGAGGUUUUCCUGGAGAUGGGCUCCAACAAGCUGUGGGGCGAGGCGGGCCGCUGGCUGGUCAUCGGCCUCAUCCAGAUCGCAAAGGCCAUUCUGCGCAUCCUGCUUCUUCUGUGGUACAAAUCCGGCAUCCAGACGUCACCUCCCAUAAUCCCCCUCGACCGGGAGGCGGAGUUUGGUAACGGAGACGACGGCGGCGAGGAGCAGCGGGACGACAGCUGCUUCGUGGGUCAGCGGUCGGGACGGGUCGUGAGGCCGCUGGGAAACGCGCCCCCCCUGCAUGCCCGGCUGUGGCGAGCGCCGAGCCAGGAGAAGAGGAGCAGCCUGAAGGAGGAGAAGCUCCACAGCAGACCCACCCAGCUGGGGCCGCAGGAGACCGUGGCCGAGUCCAUCUACAUCGCCCGGCCGCUGGUGCACCUGCUGUGUCUCGGGCUUUGUGGGAAACAGUCGUGGAAGCCGUGGCUCGUCUCUGGAGUCCUCGAACUUUCCAGCUUUGGUUUGCUCAGUGACACCAACUUCCAGAGCCGCUGGGAGCGGGCGGAGAUGAGGAGGAGAGCCUUCCUCCUGCUCUACUACCUUCUGCGCUCGCCUUUCUACGACAGAUACUCAGAGGCGAAGAUCCUGUUCCUGCUCAGGCUGCUGGCUGAUCACGUUCCAGGCAUCGGUCUGGUGGCGCGGCCUCUCAUGGAUUACCUUCCCAUCUGGCAGAAGAUUUACUUCUACAACUGGGGGUAAGGCUCGCCCGACGGCCUGGGAUCUGCGACGUACGGCCGG